UGUGAGAGCUGUGAUUGGUCACAGCUUGUCACAUGGUACAAUGCUGUUGUGAAUAGCCUUGUACCAUGUGACCUCUGUGAUCAUUCACAGAUUUCACACGUAGUAAGCAAUGAUGUCAGGAAGUGACAUCUUAUUUACUACUAUUCAUAGGUCCCGUACAGUGAUCAGUGUUCCUAGGGAGCACACACAGGCUGUAAAUAUGGGCGCUGUUUAUGAAUGGCAACCCGCUCCUGCACUGCUCCCAUCCGGCUAUUUAUGUACAUGGGGCGGACGGGAA